CUGGUCUUGGCACUCUUAGCUUCAGUUCAGAUUUUGCCUGUGGCUCACACAAAAAUACACCCUGAUCAGAAACUAGGCGAAAGUGUUCAGCAACUUCUUCUGGCAAAAAUUGCAGUCUACCUGAUGACCUUCUUAAUAGUCACAGUGGCAUGGGCAGCUCAUGUAAGGUUGUUUCAGGUGAUAGAGUUUAUAGAUGAUGUCCUUGCUCUUCUGAAUCUGGCUUGUAUGAUGAUCAUAACUUUCUUGCCAUACACAUUUUCCUUAAUGGCCUCCUUUCCAGAGGUACCUUUUGGCAUUUUCCUCUUCAGUGUCUGUGCUGUUAUCAUUGGCCUUAUACAGGCUGUGAUAGUAGCAUAUGGAUUCUAUCACCCAGACUUACUGAAUCAACAGAUACAGGUGUCUGAAAAUCAGAAUUUCUACAAACGUCAUAUCUUAAAGAUUAUUCUAAGAGGACCAGCUUUAUGCUUUUUAGCAGCCAUCUUUUCUUUUUUCUUUAUUCCUUUGUCUUAUGUACUUCUUGGGCUCGUAAUCGUUUUUCCGCAUCUCACUCGAUUCAUUACAUGGUGUAAAACCAAGAUAGUUGGUCAGAGAGAUGAAGGGGACGAACCCCAUAGCUUAGAAACCUUCACUUUUUACCUCAGUGAGCCUCUGAGUAAGGAACGGGUAGAAGCAUUCAGUGAUGGAGUCUAUGCUAUUGUAGCAACCCUGCUCAUUUUGGAUAUAUGUGAAGACAAUGUCCCUGAUCCAAGAGAAGUUGAGGAGAAGUUCCAUGGCAGCCUUCUUGAAGCUUUAAGUGAAUAUGGGCCAAAUUACCUUGCCUACUUUGGCUCAUUUGUAACAAUUGGUCUCCUAUGGUUUGUCCAUCACUCACUUUUCCUUUAUGUAAAAAAAGCUACACGAUUAAUGGGACUGCUUAACAUACUUUCACUGGCUUUCAUUGGUGGGCUUCCGCUGGCUUACCAGCUGACCAGUGAAUUUGCAGAGAAGUCUCACAAUGAAAUAGAAGCCAUUCAGGUCAGCUGUGUUAUCACUUUCUUUGCCAGCAUAUUUCAGUUUGCAAUAUGGACUACAGCCCUCCUCCGUGAAAUGGAAACUUUGCAUCCUUCUGCUAGAUAUGGUGGCAAGGAGCAUGCCUUCAUGUUUGCCAAGCUGGCGCUCUACCCUUGUGUAAGCCUUGGGGCCUUCUUUCUAACAUGCUUGUUAAGUGAGUUUAGCACAGCAAUUUUCCAUCUUAUGCAGAUUGUAAUCCCAUUUGCUUUUCUUGCCUUGCGCAUUUUUGUUAGGAUUUCUUUAACCGUCCUAAAGUCUGUGAUGUCUCUCUCCAGACGGAAGGUUGUGUUGUUAGAAGAAGAGGAGGCAUGUUUGUCACCUACUGAAACAGUCUCCUAAAAUUCCACACAGUGCAUGUGAAGUUAUAACAUUAACUUCAGUUCUUCUUACUCACAUUACCUUCAUGUGUGGAUUAUCUUGAUCUCAACCGAAGCUUGCACUGGCCAUUACUGGGGCAUAUUUAAAUU